AUGUCUCCAGAACUGAAUGUCUCCAGAACAGAAUUCAACUCCUCCUCCAGUGCCCGUCAGAACACGUUCAUGAUAAGGGGGAUUUCCAGAGGCAACGGCCUGGACAGAGAGGGAAGGUGCCUGCGAGGCAGCCCUCGGGCCUGUGUCUGCCAGGGAAAGGAGAGUCAAGCACCUUUUGGCCAUCGGAGGGCACGAAAGGCAAGGCUGCCCCACUGCUCCCCAGUGACACCCGGGCACCGGCCACCCCUCCUAAGCCCAGCCAGCCACCUGCUGCUGCUCCGCACUCGGCCCAUCAAAAAGCAGGUGUCGUCGAAGCGACGUCCAAUUGCGGAGAGCACAACUCAGCACGUUCUCUCCCGAUCGACAAAGCAAGGCCAGGCAGGAGGUGUAAUUGCUGGUACCAAGCGGGAGCUGUCUGCAGGCUCCUCUGUAACGACGAGCUGGCUAAGUUUAUCCCGCGGCCAAGGGAUGCGUGCAGCACGGCACAGCCUGAAGGCCAGGCUGUACCUACAGCCCAGCACAGCACAGCCCCAGCCUGCACCUGCCCAGGGUGGUGUUGGCCUAUGCGGCGCAGCGGGAAGCCCCUCAGCGGGGUGCGGGCUGUGGGGGCGGCCGGUGGCGGAGGCCCGCCUGGAGCAGCCCUGGAAAACCCGCAGCGAGCUGGCCGCCUCGCUUAGCGGCAGGCAGCGAGCCGCCCGGGAGAGCGCCAAACCCGCUCCUUGUGGCCUUCUCUCCACACGUACAGGUGCUGACGUUGUCACCCUUUCGGGUCAAAGUCGGGGCGGUUUCGGGCUGCGGGGCUUGCGGGCUUGGCGGUGCUCUUCAGGAGGAGCUGCAGUAUUUAUUGCACAGUCAAGAGCUUCUGGAAGCCACCGAGAUGUUGAAGAUGAGGAGCUUACACGAAUCUUUGUUAUGAUACCAAAAUCCUAUACAGAGGAAGAUCUGCGAGAGAAGUUUAAGAUGUAUGGAGACAUUGAAUAUUGCAGCAUUAUUAAAAACAAGACUACUGGAGAAAGUAAAGGUUUGGGCUAUGUGAGGUAUUUAAAACCAUCGCAAGCUGCCCGAGCAAUUGAAGAGUGUGAUCGAAGCUACAGGGCCAUUUUGGCUGAACCUAAAAAUAAGUCAUCUGAGUCUUUUGAACAUGAUUAUUAUAGUAAUAACACGAGGCAAGAACCAAGAGGAAAUACACUUCCGUUUUGUGGGCAGCCAGAGUUUUGUAGUUUUGAAAAAAAUGAGAGCAGAAUUCAAGAGUCGGUCUCCAAACGUCUGUCAGUGGUAUCGCGGCUUCCCUUUAUCCAAGAGCAGCUGUUUGCCCUCUUUGAUCUAGUCCCAGGACUGGAAUAUUGUGAUGUUCAGCGAGAUCCUCAUACCAACAGUGGGUAUGCUGUGAUUCAGUACAGUACUGCUGCGUCAGCUAUAUAUGCCAAGUAUAAAUUACACGGUUUUGAGUAUCCUCCUGGAAAUCGAUUAACUGUCAUUUUCCUAGAAGAUGGGAGUGAUAGCUCAGACCUCAUCAGAAAAAUGGCAACACAGCUGGUAACAGCACAUGUGUCAUCAGUGUUGCGGAAUAACAAUGCAGUUGUUCAACAGUAUAGGACACCUCCUCAGGCAUUUGGAGGAACUUCUGGCUCACAGUUACUUCAGCCCCAAACAGAUGCCAUACUUCCACCACACAAAAAAAAAGUUCCACCUGACACUUCUGUGAAGGAAAGGCUUUUCAUACUCUUUCAUCCCCAUCCUUUACCUGUAAAUGUAUUGGAGGAUGUGUUUUGUCGUUUUGGACACUUGAUAAAAGUUUACCUUGUGGCUGGAAAAAAUGUGGGCUAUGCAAAAUUUGCAGACAGAGCAAGUGCCAGUGAUGCCAUAACUACAUUACACGGCAAGAUUGUGAAUGGUGUCAGACUUAAAGUAAGGUUGGCAGACUCACCUACAGAAGAAUCUAACAAACGUCAGAGAACUUAUUGAGCAGAAACUAAAUAAUGACAUGACCCUCAGCUGACUGACUGACUGACUGAAAACGUGACUAGACAUGGUUCCUGUGGACAGUGACAGCUUUUUUUUUUAAUUGUUACUUAGUUGAUCUUCUCUCUCUCUCUCUCUCUCUCUCUCUCUCUCUCUCUGGUACUCUCGGGUUUUAAAAAUGCAGACAUGCAGUUUUGAAAAUUAUCUAGGCGUUAAAAACUGUAAAGUGGUGGUUGUUCUUGUAGUAGUCUAUAAUCUUGUAUUAUAGAAAUACCUCUCGUGUUUAACAGAAUUCUUCCUCUAAGAUGGAAAUUACAAUGAUGGGGGAAAUAAAGGAGUCAGCAUUUUGUGGCUUGACUGG